CCUGGCGUUUGAUACUUUGACGUGGAGCUGUCAUUGGAAAUCGGUCGACGCGGCAUUAGGGUACUCGAUUUCACUAUUCCACUUGAUUGGAAAUUUUCGUUUGAAGCGGAGCACCCGACACACUCUACACGACAUGGACAAGGUUGUUAAGUUCGCCGAGCCCGGCCGCGCCUUCGCCAAGGACUCCAUCCGUCUGGUCAAGCGCUGCACCAAGCCCGACCGCAAGGAGUUCCAGAAGAUUGCCAUCGCCACCGCCGUGGGCUUCUGCAUCAUGGGCUUCAUCGGCUUCUUCGUUAAGCUGAUACACAUCCCCAUCAACAACAUCAUCGUGGGCUCCUAAGUGCGGCCAUCCGAAGUGGAUAUGGAGCUGGAGGAGGAGGAACCACAACCACGACAUGGGACUAAACAAAUUCAAAUCAUCCAUUAUAGCAUACGUCAGAUAUACCUUUUUCCCUUAGUUAACGAGCAUUAGAGAUUAGAGAAACUAUGUGCAUUCAGCGAAUGUGUUUCUUGCAUUGUUUUCACAUGGCCAUGUGAGAGCGUAUUGUAAAAUUUCAAAAACUCCAUUAAAAACUCUAUUUUGAAGUUCAUAAACAAGUUAUUUAAUAAGAAACUUCUGUAAAAAAGGUAAACGAACCGCUUUUGUAGCAUUUGUUGGGGGUGUACCCUCGCUAAUAAAUGCUUAACCGAUUUUCCACAUAA